CCCUCUGCUUCAUUUACCAAAAGCUCUCACCUCUCUCUCUGAGAAAUUCUUUGUUUUCCAUGGCGACAACUCUUGCAUUCUCCCUCUCAACCCCGAUCCGGGCCUCAGCCGGUUCACUUCAAAGACCCGAUCCAAGUCGCAGAAAACCCGUUUCUUCCUCCUCCUGGUGGGCUCCCCUCUUCGGGUUGUCCUCCAACCCCGAUUACCUCAACGAUGGCCAUAUCGGCGUCACAUCGGAGAGAAAUCCCGAAGUAUCCGAAUCGGACUCAGAUCCGGGUCGAUCCAGAUCCAAAUCCUCGCUCAGGUGCUUCACCGAGGAGAAAGCGAAGCAACUUCGCAGGAAGACAAUGGAGAACGCGUCGUUUCACGAUAUGAUGUACCACUCGGCGAUCGCGUCUCGUCUUGCGUCCGAUACAUCGGGUUGGCCGGUAUGUGAUUGAGGCCUAAUAAUUGCUGAGUUAAUGGUAAGAAUAAUUUGUCGAAAUGAAAAUCUAUGUGGAAAUCCUGAAUCCUGCGUUGUUGUUUUUUUUAUUAUAUUCGUCUGAAAUCUGGGUUAUGUUUAGUGUUUGUGUCUGUUUCGAGGAAAGACGGUUGAUUGUGCCUUGUAAUAUUGAUUUUAGACCGUUGGAUCGGUGAUGCAUUUGUAUCUUUAGGUGUCACGCGUCGAUGAGUGACUUCCGUCGUCUCGUAUAUGGUGGGACUCAUAGUCGUUGUGAGUGCCCUUUUUGAUGACGUGGAGGAUGAUUUUUUUACGGUAUACUAAUUUAGAUCUUUCCACGUCAGCUUUGUCCAGGUGUGCGGGUCCCUCCGAUCUCUGUGGUUUAAUAAAGUAAUGGAUUAUCCGGUA